AUGGAUGCUACAAAGGUACAAAACAAAGAUGAUAAUAAUGAUUCCACAUCAAUGAAAACAUUGGAUGAUGAACAAGAUGAUGCAAUGUCAUUAUUCGAGACACGAGGUACAGAACACAAUAAUGAUAUUCAUGAUGCAUAUCCGGGUUUCAUCUUGGGCAAAAACCGAUUUGGAUCACGGGGUAUUCGUCUUCCUGCUGAAUCGAUUCUUCUUGGUAAACGUCGUCUACCUGUUGAAUCGAUUCUUCUUGGUAAACGUCGUUUACCUGUUGAAUCUAUUCUUCUCGGCAAACGCCGUUUACCUGUCGAAGCUGUCCUCUUAGGUCGACGUAGCUUACCAGAUGAAGAUGCUGUUCAUAACAAACAACGAUAA